GUGAAAAUAACUCACCUUAUCGUAGUUUUGUGUUUUGUUAACUCCCCAAAUAUUCCAUGAAAACAUUCCUGUCGGCUGGCAAAUAGAGUACAGAAGCGUGGUGCAAACAUGUCCGCGGCCCGAAAACCUACCGACGGUCUGCUGGCGCGCGUCAAUUUCCCACUGUACGCGAUCGAAAUGCUAACCAGCCGACACGUACUGGUAGCUGGUGGUGGCGGUGCAUCGAAAACGGGUGUUGCGAAUGGAUUUGAAAUCUACGAGAUAUACCACGAUGGGGAAAAGUACGUCGCGGAUGAGGUGAUACGGCACGAAACGGGCCCAACGGUUGUGAUGAACUGUGCGGUGAAGAACGACGAAAAGCGAACACUUCUGAUGGCUGGACAGGAGAGUCACUGUCAGAUGUAUCUCGUAAAUACCAUAAUUGAUUCCGGGGAGUAUAGCUCCACCUCGCCAAUCUCGAACAAAACCGACCCGGAAGGGUUGCGCAAACGGCGAAGCAUUUCCCAACAACGUUCCAGCCUCGGUCCGAGUGCGCCGCCACCCACAGUCCAAGGUGGCGAGUCGAAAAAGGCGGACGACGGUAAAGCGACCCCUGCGGCCCGAAAGCAGAUACGUUUCGAGAUCAAAACGGCUGAUUCGGUGCAGACAGAUUUUACCGAGACGGAACCGUUGCAGCGAGUGGUCCGUAUCAGCCCCAACGGACGUCUGAUGGCCACUGGCGGCAUGGAUGGUCAUCUGCGGGUGUGGAACUUUCCAAAGAUGACCAUCGCAUCGGAUAUUGCGGCACACACGAAGGAAAUUGACGAUCUGGACUUUAGCCCAGACAGCAAGCACGUGGUGUCGAUCGCGAAGGACGGUCUGGGCGUAAUUUGGUCCAUCAACCCGGACAAGGAAUCGAAGAAGUUGGUCUGGAAUCCGCCCGCCAAUUGUCGCUAUCUAUUGAAACGCUGCCGAUACGGGCUGGUGGAGGGACAGAAAGACAAAUUUCGGCUGUUUACACUUGCCAAUCCGUUUGCCAAAUCGGGUAAGGCGAAGGGACUGCUGCAGCAGUGGGAUCCGGAAGCAGGACGGAUGACCGGUGUGGUCGAGAUCGACGAAUCGUUGGCUGCGCUAGCGGUACGAGACGAUGGACGGUUCGUGGCCAUCGGUACGAUGUUCAGUGGUUCCGUGUCCGUGUACAUUGCCUUCAGCCUGCAGCGUGUGCUGCACGUGCCAAAUGCACACGCAAUGUUUGUCACGGGCCUGGAGUUUCUACCGGUAACCAACUUCGAUGGGCCGGCCAUCACUGGUGAUACCGAGGCGGCAGUGCUGUCCAUUUCCGUCGACAAUCGUAUCUGUGUUCACAGCUUACCGUAUAGGCAUUCACUACCUGCCUGGGUGGCUAUUAUCGCAAUCAUCUGUAUAUUGUUUUUAACAUUCUGCUUCUGCUCAUACGUUGGGCUGUAAACUCGAAACUGCCUUCAUAAUGGCCUUUGUUUGCUAGAGAAAAAUUGGUGAAUUUGGAACCGAUUUCUGCGGCCUGAAACAGCAUCGACACUAUCGAGCAUUUUGUACACCCUAGGUGAAAAGUAGCGAACUGGGCAAAGCACAGCGGGGAGUUAGGAAUCUUUCAAUGGCAAAGCAGCGCCUUACCUACGGCCGUAUUAUAAUCGUAACGUGCGUAUUGUUUUUUUUGUUUUGUCGGGUACGCGAUAGUUGCGGGAAAUUCUAAUUUAUUUGACUACCAGCAUUGUACAGCAAGAGAUAGGAAAUGAAUAAAUAUACUGUUAAUUGUGUGGCUAUAGGAACAAAGCGA